AUGGGCGCCGAAAAAACAAAAUACUUGGACCGUACCAUUCCCACCAUAUCACUCGCCAACUUUGAAUCACGCAUUGAUGAAAUCACCUCCGAACUAGUUUCCGCCGCCGAGAACGUCGGAUUCUUCUCUGUCAUCGACCACGGCAUCACUCCCGAGGAGAUUGACGAGAUAUUCGCUCAGUCAGCUCGUUUCUUUUCUCUCCCAGACGACACCAAAGCGAAAGUCCCCUUCUCCUCUGCAAACAAUGCCGGGUGGGAGAAGAAUGCGCAAGUCCGGCCUUCCACCGGCGCUGCAGAUAGAAAGGAGUCUUACCAGAUGCAAUUUGGCAGAAAUAUGGAGGGCAAGUGGCUCGAUGACUCCGCUUUGCCGGGCUUCAAAGAGUCCGCCCUGAAAUUUAUGUGGAAGGCCCAAGGGGUUUCGGAGAAAUUGAUGACUUGUUUCGCCCGAGGAUUGGGGUUCGAGGAUGAUUACUUUAUCAAGGCUCAUGACGUGAAGAGACCUGAGAGUCAGACAGUGGCGAGACUGUUGCAUUACUUUGAAACCCCUAGGGAAAAUGCAAACGGGGAGAUCUUUCAUCGUGCGGGGGCACAUACCGACUGGGAUCUGGUGACACUCUUGUUCCAGAAGGAGGGGCAGAGUGGUCUCGAGAUCUGUCCUGGCCGAGAAGCAUCCACAAACUUCGCCCACGGAGACACUUGGACAAAAGUGGCACCGUGUCAAGAUGCCAUCAUCUGCAAUAUUGGCGAUCUUCUGAUGUCCUGGUCCGACGACCGGUUCAAAUCGACUUUCCACCGCGUCAAGGCCCCCAGUGAACCCGAUGACUUCUACGGCGAACGAUACAGCAUCGCCUUUUUCAAUCAACCGUGUAGAGAUGCCAAAAUCCAGGGUCCGCUCAAGAAAUACCCCAUGGUGACGGGAGAGGAAUUCACACGCAACGCAAUGCGGAGAAAUUUCGAGGCGCUGGAGAAGAAGAGACUCGAAAAGGAAAAGCUGGAGAAGGAGAUGGAGGAGGCCAGAAAGCUGGUGGAGCGGGAGGGUAUCAGGGGCGCGAGUGUCGAGAGUGGCGGUAAAGUCGUUGCUGAGGUUGGUGCCUGA